AGUUCAAAAUCAUGGAAGAUGAAAACAUUUUUUUGAGAGCAGCUCUCAGCAAAAGUAUAGAAAUACCAACGGUACAAUUCAAGAAACCAGAAUUGACAAGCGAAAGCAGGCCUUCUUGUUCGUAUUCGAAAACAGACGACAUGAAAUGAGGUGAACCGCCCAGCAAAGCAAGAAGAAUGUSGACUGAGUCAAAACCUCGAAGUACCGAAGUAGAAAAAGUGCUAGUAGGUGAGGGGUUUCGCAAGUAUGGCAUGGGCAGCAAGGCAACCGUUCAUUUCAUGAUAAAGCACCGAGAAAUUUUAGACGACGACCUAAAGAGUUACUAUGAAUCAGUGGGGAAGCCAGGUGGCCUGACAAUGAAUUCAGCAAUAGACAGGRUUCGAAGGCUGCAGAAAAAGAAACUAGAGAAAGCGAGGAAAGACACAGGAAAGAGAAGGCAUAAACAGAACACGAAAGCGAAAAUGGACAACAUUCUUGCCUCCUUGCCAGAGCUAAUAAAGAAUGCAAACAAGGCAGCAAGAGACCAUAAAAAUAGUGAAUGUUUAAAAAAAUGAUGGGAGAAACCUCAGAUGACUAAUGAAAAAAAAAGAUAAAUCUUUGAAGACUUCUUUAUGUAUAUGUUACUGUUCCGUACGGGAAAUAGAUAGUCCCUUAAAAAAAUCAAAAUUAAAAAUAGGAAUCAAGAAUCUUGCAACUGAAGUCUGAAGAACAUUAGUGUUACUGUGUAAGAAAUGUGCAAGAAAUAAAAAUGUGUAUCCCUUUGCACUCAUCGCUCCACUAUCUUUUCCAUGUCUGUGAUCAUGUAACUGAAUGCUAG